AUGUCACACCCCAUUACAGCUGUGGAUGCUGCGACGCUUGCGGCGCAUUUGCCGGUCCAGCGGGAAGCGAUCUUGCGUGUAUUGGCACAUGCUAUACCGCCUGCUGCUACGGACGAGCCCUAUGUCGGGCAGGAGUGUGUGGGCCUGACAGAUGCUUGGCGUGCGCUGUAUACGCUGGUCCGCAGUACCCUGCAUCAGGGCGAAGGAAAUAGCUGCCUCGUGAUGGGCGAGCCAGGUUGUGGCAAGUCGUUGGUAGUGGAGUCUGUGCUUCGGCAUGCGGAGCAGCAAGGCACAUCGCAGCAUCCUGCGCCAUGGAUCGUGAGACUGUCGGCUCUUUUGCAUCCCACAGACAGGCAGUGCCUGGCCGAUAUGGCCAAACAGCUCAUGGCACAAGGCGCCAUUGGACGUAGCGAUGUGGACCAUACCAUUGCGCAUGUGCUUGGUCCCGAGGCGGAGACCAUUGAGACCGCGGAGGAGGCGGUCAAACCUGACUGGGACUUGACGACGGCGCCGGAGGACGACGUGUCGGACGAGGAAGAGGAGGAAACACAAACCCUUCCAUCUGCUGUGCCAGACAGUGUUGCUGCAGCGAUUCUAGCCUCCAUGUCUACGACACUAGCCCAUAUUCUGACCUUACUGACUCGCACCUCGUCCACGUCCUCGCACCGGCCGCUCGUGAUUGUCAUCGAUCAGUUUGAGCAGUUUGCUCAUCGCCCACGCCAGGCAUUGCUAUACUGCUUGCUGGAUGCUGUACAGGCCAGUAGCUAUGCACCAGGUAUGAUCGUCAUUGGCGUCACAACUCGUGUGGAUGCGCCCGAAUUUCUCGAAAAACGUGUAAAGAGUCGUUUCUCACACCGCAUUGUGCAUGUAAGUCCACCGUCGCUGGAUCAAUACAUGAUCCUCGCACGUACCGCCCUAUUAGCAGGCACUACACCCGAUCCGUCCUCCUCGUUUGCCACGGCCUGGUACGAAGAGGUGGAUCAGCUCUUGCAAGAUGAGGUCUUUCGCCUGUGCUUGCAAGGCCUGCAUGAACUAAGUGGGGAUGUGCGUUUGCUGUAUCAAUCCCUUGUUGUGCCGAUUGCUGCCCUAACGCCCAGCUCACCAUGUUUGGAGGCUACAGCAUUUCAACAUGCUAUGGCCUCACAACGAAUGGAUACUUUGCAUACGUUCCUGUUAUCGCUGCCUGUCCCUGACAUGACCCUACUCAUUGCUGCUCGGCAUCUCCAGCUGCGUGAGCGUGAGCCAUUUACCUUUGAAAUGUGUUUCUACCACAUCUCGCAAUUUGUCCAGCGAGCUCAACGCGAUAUGGGCCAAAGUGCCACACGUGCUCCCUUGGCCAUUGCAGGGCUGGCCCGGUUGGCUGAACGUGCUACCAUGUGGCAAGCGUAUUGCCGACUGCUGGAAUGGGAACUGUUCCUUCCCGAGCCGGCACGACAAUCCCUCGCUUUGCCCUCGGGCAUUGCGAAUCGCACAGGUCCAGCAACCUCGCCGUAUGGUAUUUUGCCCAGCACGUCUGUAAUGCCGGCCUUCCUCCCUGUACGUUCUCAGAUUUCGGCCAAGGCCAUCCUGGAUAGCGUCCAGCAUCCAGACCGUGCGAUUCCUCUAAGCUCUACGAUCGUAAAAUGGGCCGAAUCCACCGGCGUGUGA